UUAUCUGUGUGAAACUUGACGCUUGCUCGACACAUCACCAUUGUCAAUACGUCGUCCUACUCAGUCAUUCUUCAUGAAAUCAAACUUUGAGAACAGCUGGUUGUCACUGAAAAUGUAUUUUUAUUAAUUAUCCUUUAUGAAAUUAUCAGAAAAGUCUUAUUCAGUGUAUAUUAGUGAAAAUAAAUUAUUUUUUUACUGAAUAUAGUAUAGAAUGCGAUGCUCCCUCGUCGGCGAAAUAUCGGAGGUGUGACAGAGCGAACACCUUUGGACAACGAUUUUGAUACCUACAAUAAAUUAGACAAGAAAGGGAGUCAACCGACUAAUAAUUCUAGUAUAUUUAAUCCAUUUCAAAAGACACAGGCAAAAUUAGUAUCCCCUUGUAAUAUUGUGGAACCUGAUAUAUCAUUCGACAUCCUCGAAGAAUUUGUGUUUGAACCCGUGAUGGCGUCUAGAGAUAGAACUAAUGAAUUUAUCUCAGCUGUACGCAGUCUGCAAGGUAGAACUUUAGCCAGACCCAUCAUAAGAGAUGAAAGAAAAGCUCAGAUAUUGGAGACAUAUUCACAAUUUAUGGGCAUGGCAAAAGUUAUCAGUAAAAAUAUAACAAGUACUUAUGCUAAACUUGAAAAGUUAGCUUUGUUGGCCAAAAAGAAGUCUCUAUUUGAUGAUCGACCAACAGAAAUUCAAGAACUGACAUACAUAAUCAAAGGAGAUCUUAGUUCUUUGAAUCAGCAAAUUGCCAGGUUGGGUGAAAUGCCAAGAGGGCGGAGAAGUAUGCAUAGCCACUCAUCAAGUGUUGUGCUUGCUUUACAAUCACGUUUAGCUUCCAUGAGCAAUCAAUUUAAACAGGUCCUUGAAGUAAGGUCUGAAAAUUUGAAACAUCAAAACAACAGAAGGGAACAGUUUUCCAGAGUGGCUCCAUUGGUUAAAGAAGUGCCAUCACUAUUACAACAGGAUGACAUCAGUAUAGACUUAGGUGAUGCCCCUAACAUUCAAACACAACAACAACAGUUAGCAUUGAGAGAUGACACAGAUACAUAUGUUCAGCAAAGGGCUGAAACUAUGCACAAUAUUGAGAGUACCAUUGUUGAAUUAGGAGGGAUAUUUCAGCAGCUAGCACACAUGGUGAAAGAGCAAGAUGAAGCCAUUGGUAGAAUUGAUGCAAAUAUCCAAGAAGCAGAAAUGAAUGUUGAAGCUGGACACAGAGAAAUUAUGAAAUAUUUUCAAAGUGUUACUGGCAAUAGAGCUUUAAUGUUUAAAGUUUUUGGUGUUCUUAUAUUCUUCUUCAUAUUCUUUGUAGUUGUAAUGGCAUAAAAUGUUAAUUUUGUAAUGUGAAACAUAAAAAAUACAUAACUUUAUAGAUGGUGCAUCUACCCAUGACAAAGAAAGAGGAUAAAAUAUUAAUUGACAUAAAUAAACUGAUAUUGACAUGUUAUAAUUUAAAAAAAAAAUAUAGUAAAACAAAACACUUUCUUUAAAAAUUAUAGUUGUAACAAUUAUAAUUUUGUCAUGGGGUGGGGCAUUAUAACAGGUUUUGUGUUCUUAUGUUACAUAUUGUUAUUUCCAAGAGUAUAAAAUAGUUAUUCUUAUGCAAUAUGAUGAGGGUGGAAAUGUGUAAGCUAUAAUUGCAUUGGUAUCCUGUACUUUUCGGUUGAUGAUCUUGCACUAGGAUAUAUAAAGCCAUGUAAAUAGUGCAUCAAAUGUAUCUAGAUAAAUAUACUAUGAAGUUACAAAUCAAA